UCCAAAAUUUUUUAAUUGAUAGUACCAAUUUCAUAUUGGUGACAUAAUGAGAUAAAAGAACAGUCACAUAUCUUCUCAUAACGAAUAAUUUAGUUGAUAUUAGUAGUCUUGGAUUUAAAUGUCGUUAGGAUCAUCGCAAAUCAGUUCAGUGAAUGAUGAGCGUACCUCACUACGCGAAAACCAUCUCCAUAAGACGAAGCUCCUGCUUUCGCAUCUCAAUCCGACCCUUCUCCGCCUCCGGCGGCGCCGCUGGGCUCCCAGCGGCCGCCGAUUUUCUCACCUCCGUCGACCUCAUCACCCUCACCGACCUUAUAAACAAGCAACACUGGUCCCGUCUCAAAACCCUAAUCAACGAUUCCAACAACAACCCCUCAAAUCUCCUCCUCCACCUCUUCAACUCCGGUGCCGCCGCCUCCACUAUUCUCUCGUACUUCCGAUGGUCGGACCGUCACUUCCAAUCUCCCCACGACCUUCACCUUCACUGCCGCCUCCUCCAUUAUCUCGCCGCUGAAAAAUUAUACUCUAAGCUCCGCUCCGAGCUCCACUCCAUGGUUCUCUCCCGUCGCCACAGCCUCCCAGCCAUCUUCCACUUCCUCUCAGUCUGCGGCGAUCGCCGGACAUCCGCCUCCCUCAUAGCCGACAUGCUCCUCCCCGCCUACGUCAAAAAUUCUCAAACCGAGUCUGCGCUUGAAGCCUUCCGCAGGGCUGGAGACUACAGUUACAGGCUCUCGACCCUUUCUUGCAAUUCUUUGCUUAAUGCCCUAAUCAAGGAGGAAAAGCUGAAAGAGUUUGAAUCCGUCUUCUCUGAGAUGAUUCGGAGAAGAAUCCCCCCUGAUUUGAUCACCUUCAAUACAGUGAUUAACGGGUUUUGUAAGGCGGGGAAACUAAGGAGGGCAGGGGAUCUAUUGACUGAAAUGAGAUCAUGGGGCAUCGAGCCAACUGUUGUUACUUAUAAUACCCUAAUUGCUGGGUACUGUAAGAGUAAUCAAGGAGGGAAACUGUACCAAGCGGAUGCUCUCUUGAAGAAGAUGAUCUCAGCAGGUAUCUAUCCCAAUGUUGUUACUUUCAACACCCUUAUAGAUGGUUUCUGCAAAGACAGGAAUAGCUCUACAGCCAUGAAAUUUCUUGAUGAAAUGAAGCGGCAGAAACUCUCUCCAAAUACUAUUACCUACAAUUCAUUGAUCAAUGGGCUCUGCAAUGAGGGAAAAAUGGAGGAAGGUGUUGCAUUGCUGAAGGAAAUGAACAGUGAAGAUCUGAUUCCCAAUGUAGUCACUUUUAACACAAUCAUAAAUGGGUUUUGCAAGAAAGGAAUGUUGGGAGAGGCUAAGGGGUUUUUGAAUGAUCUAUUCGACCGGGGCUUGAUUUUGACCGCAAUUACUUACAACACUUUGAUAGAUGGUUAUUGUCGAUCCGGCCGGAUGGAAGAUGCAUUGGAGUUCAAGUUAUUGAUGUUGGAGAAAGGAAUUUUUCCUGAUUCUUCAACCUACAACUGCUUGAUAUGGGGCUUCUGUGAGAAAGGGGAUAUGAAGGAAGCAAGAAGCCUUUUGGAUGAAAUGGUAGAGAAGGGAAUUGCACCUGAUGUCAUAACUUACAAUGUUUUGAUUGCUGCAUUGUGCAGGGAAGGGGAGUUGAGGAAGGCAAGCAAGCUAUUUGAUGAGAUGUUUGAUGUGGGCUUGAAACCUUCUCACCUAACAUAUAAUAUACUAAUGGAAGGUUUCUGCAAAAAAGGGAACCUAAGGGCUGCUUUGAACAUCAAGGCAAGGAUGGAGGGGAAUAAGAAACAUGCCAAUGUUGCUACUUAUAAUAUCUUGAUUAAGUGCUUAUGUGAAAAAGGUGAACUGGAAGAUGCAAAUGGAAUACUUAAUGAGAUGUUAGAGAAAGGUCUUGUUCCAAAUAAGUAUACUUAUGAUGUUAUUAAGGAUGGAAUGGUUGAGAGAGGGUUUGUUCCUAAUAUGUAGAUGGCCAUCUUUGCAACAGUGCUUCUUAACACCAG